AUGGUGCUGGACAUGAAGGCCGAUGCCAAGGACGCCAACCUGGACGGCCACACUGCUGACAACAACUUCGAUGAGCGUCAAGACGUCGUGACCCAGUCCGACGAGGAUGCCGCGAUCGCCGCGCGGCAGUUCACUAUGACAGGCGUGGUCAGCACGAAGCAGCGGCGGCUGGUGGACGACACCGUCGAGUCAAUAGAGAUACCGUCGUACACGAGCAACACGCCGAAGGAGCAGCUCUGUCUCGAAUAUAUCGCAGGUUUCCAGCGCCAGUUCGAGCGCAUGUUCCCCAAGCGACGGCCACUGUAUCUACAUCCACCGAACGAAAAGGGUGUGCCCAAGUUCGUGUGCACCACGAUCCGACCGACGCUCCUUCCUUAUCGAGAUCUGUACGACUGCCAUGCGUUGGCCCAAUUCUUGGCGGGUGUUGUCGAGUACGAGCCCCUUGCAAACCCGACGAUCCCACCAGUGUGUCUUCCAUCACCGACUUUCACGCUCAAGUGGAGGUCUGCAGACAGCUUCGACUUGGCCACGCUCUUGGCCUCCUUCCUCAUCGGUGCAGGGUACGACGCCUACGUUGUCAACGGCAUUGCUCCUCGGUGGCUAUGUCUUCUGGAUCAGAGCAAGGCCCCACUACCAGUGUUACCGGUGGAGGAGGAAUUGAGGAAGGCGCAUGAGCACGACACGACGUCGGAUCCGUCCAAAGCGCAUGGCGGAGCCAGUGAUAGCAAGUUGGUGAGUGAUGUGAAAUUGGUCAGUCGCACAAGCUUCACGAGCAAGUACUUGGAGAGGCAGGAGCUGGCUGAGAAGGAACGACUAGAGAAGUCUCGUCGAGUCUUAGACUUCAGCUACGGAGAGAAUGACGAUGACGAGGAUCCAUUAGAAGGCAAACGGGCACACGCGUGGAUUCUCAUUCGCGCAGGUAAGCGCGAGGUUUCGGACCAUUUCUUCUUGGAACCCUCGACUGGACGAAGCUACUCGCUGCGAGACUCCCCUUACACGGCCAUCGAGAGCGUGUGGAAUCAUGAAAAUUACUGGGUGAACAUGCAACAACACCCCGUGCACCUUACUCUUUUCGACUUGGCCAACCCAACCGACUGGGAGUACGUCUUCCUGUCCGCGGCAGAGCGCAAGUCGUCAAAAGAAUCCGAGCAAGGCGCUAAAGGUGUGGAUCUGUCGGACGAUCUCAAGAUGCUCAGCACGGAAAGCGACAACCAGCACGGAGCGGAUGCCGCCGACGACGACGACCUUAUUCUCGACAUUCCUCCGUCUUGGGUGACUAAACUUCACAUUGACCGGGCAACCUACAAGAAGAGGUUUGUGAAAGAUUGCCAGCAUGUCACGCUGUAUCAUCGCGCCAAAGUGGAGGAGUUCGCUGACAAUACGCACGAGCAGGGCUUGGUCGCACGCGUUACGAUCUUCCGCGACGUCGGGUGUACGCUACCCAUCGAGAUUCGAGAAUACUUCAAGAACCGGAAGGACAGGCUUGAAUCUCGUACGCGUUUCCCGUUCGAGGGUAAAUUCGAGGAACGCUUUGCGCCGGGUCGGAUCCCGGAAGCACUCAAGUCACGCACCGAGUGGAUCGGCUAUCGUCGGGAGCUUCAGUUCUACACGAGUGCUCGCCCUGACGGGCUGGUAAGGCGUGAAGAGGAGAUCCAAAAGCGCGUUGUGGAGCAUUUCGACGGCCGCGACGACUUCCUCAUCUUCCGGUCCGUGACGCUUGCCACCGACAAGGACGAAGUAGACUCGAAGAACCCCUACAUUUUGCCUGGUGGUCCUGCUGGCGAGAUCUCAAUCAAGAAGAUGAAGGAGAAGUUUGCGCGAAAUACUGCCGUUGUAGCUGACGAAGAUCAGCGCAAGCGAGCUUACAACCUUCAUGAAGGCUCCAUCCGCGUGUACUACCACUACGCGACUGGAAAGAUUACCGCUGGAUCGCGUGUCUAUUUCAAGGCCCCGAACGUCCCUGUCGAAGUCGUAAUGGCGGAUCCGAACGCGAAGAAGCCGAAGCUUUCGGUGUUGGAAAACGAAUUGCGCGCUUCUCUGCAGAUGGAGAAGGAUUGCUACAGCGCGGUGCGGCACUCGGACAUUGAGACGCAGGACAUCCUAAAGAUCCGAAAACGUGAAGAGAUGGCGAUCGUCUUAGAAACGAGCUUCUUCGACACCAACGAGGACGAAGCUCAAGCCAAAGAGAAGGAGGACGCCAAGGAACUCGAGAAAAACGCGAAGAGCGAGGUGGAUUACCUCAGCCCAUUCUUGCAGAGCGUGCACGCAACCGGGGAUCUCUCCAAGGAGGACGCCCAGACUGUGCGCGAUAUGUGUCUGCGCAACCUGAAGGAGCGUCUGCUCGAGCGCGCCAACAUCAUCCAAGGCCGGCUUGACAAGGAGAACGCGCUGCUGGCCAAGCGCCAGGCCGCGUUCCAGCGCAGUCAGCGCGAGCACGACCAGGGCACGGACGAGGAGUUCGAGCGCUUCUGCAGCGAGACCAUGUUCCGCAUCCAGAUCCUGGAGCAGCGUCUGGCAAGUCACGAGGAGACGGCGCUGCAGAAGUACGCUGAGAUGGACAAGCGUCUGCACAGCGACCCUCGACUGCGAGUGUUGCACCGAUGA